AUGUCCGAAUUCUCGUUGCAAUAUGUUCCGCAAAAGGCAGUAAAAGGACAGGCAAUAGCAGACUUUCUCGCUCAUCACCCACCCUCAAAGCUCACGGCGUUUCGCGAGUUGGACUUUGCUGCUGUGGCACUCGCUCCAUGGACCCUGUACUUUGAUGGUUCACGGACUGAUACUGCAGCCGAAGCUGGGAUAGCCAUAGCCAAUCCCGCUGGAGAUCGCUUCUCCUACUCGUUCCAGCUCGAUUUCAAAUGUACCAACAACCAGGCUGAGUACGAGGCGCUGAUCAUCGGACUAGAGAUUUUGUUGGAUUUAGGAGUCCGCGAGGCAUUUGAGGUGUUGGAUCGAUUCGACGACGUCUACAUCGAGCACAUACCACGUGAGUUCAACUUCGCCGCCAACGAGCUCGCCCAGGUAGCAUCCGGCCUCAGCCUGCGCGACGGCGUGCGCGAGCGUUUGCUCAGGGUCGAGCGCCGUACUCUUCCCUCUUUCAUCGCUAGGGGGCAGUUUCAGGCCGCCACCCCCGAAGUUGCGGCCUUGGACCUUAUCAACGAGGAUUGGCGGCUACCAUUUAUCGCCUACCUCCAGAACCCCAACGACGCCGCUCACUCCAGGCAGAUACGUUUCCUCGCCUUAAACUUUGUUUUACGCAAUGGCGAACUCCGGCGGCGUGGGGAAGACGGAAACGACUUCCGCUGCGUGUAUGGGAACGAAGCUAAACGUGUCAUGCGCGAAGUACAUUGUGGAGUUUGCGGUUCGCACCAGGCCGGGCCAAAAAUGCGUUGGUUAAUCCGUCGCCAUGGGUACUACUGGCCAACCAUUCUGAAAGACUGUAUUGCCUUCGCCAAAGGUUGCCAAGACUGCCAGGCUCACGGACCAGUGCAACAUAUUCCCAACAUCCCGUUGCAGCUUAUCAUUAAACCUUGGCCGGGUCGCGGUUGGGCGAUAGAUUUCGUUGGCAUCAUUCAUCCCCAUUCUUCUGAGCAGUAUAAGUUCAUUAUCGUCGCCACCGAUUUCUUUACCAAAUGGGUCGAGGCCGAACCACUCAAGGUUGCCUCCGCCAACUCGGUGCGCAACUUUAUUUUCCGCAAUAUCAUCUCCCGCUUUGGUAUCCCGGAGUGCAUCGUUACGGAUAGGGGGGCAGCUUUCAUGGCUGAUUUAGUUGUUAAGUACUUAAACGACUACGGCAUCAAGCUUCUCCACUCUACGCCAUAUUAUGCACAGUCCAACGGCCAGGCAGAGGCUAGUAAUAAGGUUAUCCUCGGUAUCCUCCGCAAGAUGUUGGAGUUGAACCCGCGUGUCUGGCAUGAGGAACUCUACCACACCUUGUGGGCUUACCGCACUUCAAAGCGCGGCCCGACGGAUACUACCCCGUAUGCUCUCAUGUACGGUCAUGAUGCCGUCCUUCCCCUCGAGAUCAAUAUAGCUUCACUCCGCGUUCAGGAACAACAUCAACUACUUGGCGAGGAUUACGUCCAAGCUAUGUGGCAGGAGCUUGAAGAUCUCGACGAGCACCGCGUCGCCGCUUUCAACAAUCUCAUCCUCGAGAAACAACGCAUCGCGCGUUCGUACGAUAAAGUCACGCACGGACGGAACUAUGCCGAGGGCCAAAAGGGAGCAUACCACCUGCGCGACUUGGACGGCACCAUCCAUCGCAAUCCUAUUAAUGGCCGUUUCCUCAAGCGCCACAUUGCUGGAGUUUGGGAACGCGAGGAUCCUCCACCUCCCCCAGACCCCGUCACUAAUGUCAAUAGUGUUACGCGCCAUCGCGUUCUCGCUCCGCCGCCUAACACUAGGGGGCAAUCCGGGAUAGAAGACUGA